AUGGUGAACACGGGGCUGGCAAUGAUGGGCAGCGGGUCCAUGGACAGGUUCCGCCAAGUCUGCACGACGUUCUUCGAGGCGCGGCUGCGCGUUUUCCGCGGGGCGCUCCCACCGCCACCAGCUUCGGCCGAGAUGCGGCAUCGCACCGCUGUCCUGGAUCUCUUCCUCCCGAUCCGCGGAAGCUCUCCGCUCGGCCAUCGGCAGAGACGUGCAACCUUGGAGGAUCUCUUGCAGGGCGAUUGGUCAAUAUCUGGCGAGCCGCAACAUUAUUGCCCUCCUGGGCACUGUCGUGGCAGCGCCGAUGAGAUCGCUUCAAAUUUGGCGCCCAUCUUGACGACAGCGCUAUUCCCGUGCACGUUGCCACUUUGGCCUCGACAUCGUUGGACGGGCAGCGACAAGGCGAUGGACUGGGCGGGCCUGGGCCUCGCGUGCCACGGCAUCUUGUCCGAGGUGUUGCCGGUGUGGGUGCGGUGCGUGCAAUUGAAGAGAGAUGCUUGCGUGGCCGAUUUCAAGAGAUCCCAUCAUGACGCUGAUUUAGAUGACAAAGGCUUCAUGGACAGCUACGAGCACGACGUCGGCGACAACAUGGGCCUUGUGGCCGACGAUCCGAAUUCGUGGGCGCAGUUUCAGGCCCGCUGCAGGAUAAAUGCUAAGGAUUUUGCUUCCGCUGACCCGUCGGGCACCCUGGUGCUUUGCCGACGUUGCAUGACGCCCCAGAUCGAGCUGAUGAAUUCCUACUUCGGCCAGUCCGGGGAGGAGUGGGCCCAGCAGGAACAGUUCAAGGCCGUCAAUCAAGACAUGAUCUUGACGCGUGUCGUGGCGUGCCACCGCGGAGAGAUGACCGCGGGCUACGAGACUCGAGUUCGCGAUUUGUUGUUCAAUGCGGAGCCAUGGGGGGUGUUGCUGCACCGGCAUCGCACAGAAGCCAGUCGCGGACUGGCAUGUCGCAUGCUGCUCCGCGGCGCUGCUUACACCAAGUCGCUGGUUAUCGACGUUCAUGAGGCGUUUCCUUUUCGCCUCUUCAGCUUGCUGGAUUCACCUACCGAGGAGCACGCGCAGGCGAUCUUGGACACGCCGAAAAGCUUGCGCGACACUUUCACGGACCAGCACCUGGCGCAGUACAACACUCCCGCUGCGUUGGUCUCCGAGGACAGUCUGAGCAGACUCGGUGCUGUUUCAGUUUUUGCUACAACUGAUAUAGGUGCAAUUGAAUGUCGAAAUGGAACAAUUCAUCGUGUGACCCAGGUGAGUCGGGGCAGCGCUGGCUUCGACCCGGACUUGGAAACGGUCUCAUCUAAUUUCAUGCUCAUGCGCGUGCAGGUUGCUGGGGCCACGCGCCCAGAAGCGACAGGCAUCAGAGGCGCCCCGUCGCACGCUCGGCGCUAG